AUGUUAGUUGGAGGUAUCGAGAUCGAACCGGAACCUAAUGUAAGUCUGUUGCUGAUUUUAUGUGGCAAUGAGGAAGCAACAACGGAUAAUGAUAUUUUCCACUUAUUGUGUGGAAUCUGUGCAACUAAUAUUGUCAAUGAUGUCACAAAGCUUUAUUGGCUUCGACAUCAACCACCCACGUCACUUCCGAAAGAAUCAACAUUAGAACCAUGGCAACUUUCACGUAUAGUGCUACGUUAUUUCAACGAGAAGCUUAUUGCCGGUGUCACGGCAUUCUGCGCUUCCGCUCAUACAUUCGCCCUUGGACAAGUUGCUGUCAUUGUGGAAUUUCAUGAGAGUGACGUACCACAUGAAGAAUCACUUUCAACAAUACUAGCGUUACUUUCCGAUGUGGGCAAUUAUUUCUCGAUGAUCUCAGAAGGUGCAUUAUUCAAGCGAAAUAUAUUUCCGGUAACUGCUUUGAUUCGAACUUCUCGAAUAUAUGAUUACGGAUUAGUGGCAAGUCUAUACACGAACUGUAUGUUAUGUUUUGAAAAUGGCGUUUGUAAAAAUAUGUUAGCCAAAUAA